AUGGUGGCAACAUUCAAGCAACAUCCUAAGAAGUCCAUCAACGAUGCCGUGGCUUUGGCCAAUGCACCACGUAGAUCAGCAGCAUACAAUGUGCAGGAUGCCUGGGACGCCGUCAUCUCCGCGAACAGUCCCGGAGACAUCUCGCAAGCCGACAAGCUGAAAGAUGCAAGCAUGGAGGUCAGACGGGAGACCGAACGCUGCACUCACACAGCCCCGAAGUUCUCUGCCGAUGCUACAAUCGCCGUUCUGACUAUAUCAAGCGCCGCGCAAAUACAUCCCGUGAUCGCGACACGCUGGUCCGGCACCCUCAAGUCCAACAAACUAGAAAUCGUCAUGUGCGCAAACGAGGGCUACCUCCCCGACAAAGUCAACUUCUCGUGCCGCGUUGCAAAAUGCGCGAGAGCGCGCGAAGGGGAGGAGAAGGUCGACAUCAUCAAGAAGCUGGAAGGCAUCGUCGCAGGCGACGGAGAGUUGAGAAAACGGCUUGGGGAGAGCUUUGCGAGGGGUCACAAGGAGGCCAGUGGGGGGAUUGUGGGGAAGAGUGAAUGGGAAGAGUUUAAGAAGCUGAUGGGUGUAGGGGAAGCGAAGAAGAAAAUAGAUGGGAAGAAGGAGGAGAAGCCGGCGCAGAAGAAUACUCUGGCGAACUACUUCGGCAAGAAGGAGAAGAACGUCAAGGUAGAAGGUGCUUAG